AAUCCCCAACCCUUAAUUUCCUCCUAAACUUUCUCCUCCUCUGAAGAAGAAGAAGAAGAAGAAGAAGAAGAAAUGACGCACUCCUUCACCGAUUCUUCCUACCAACAAUUCCACGAUGGCGAAACUCCUCGAGACCUUUCCUUGUGUUCCCUCCACCGAACGAGGCCGCGGCAUUUUGAUCUCCGGCGAUUCCAAAUCCGACACCAUUCUCUACUGCAACGGCCGCUCUGUCUUCAUCCGGAGCCUCCGCCAACUCCAAGACGUCCAAGUUUACGGCGAACAUGGCUAUGCUGUUACCGUUGCUCGCUACUCUCCCAACGGCGAAUGGAUCGCUUCCGCUGAUGUCUCUGGUACUGUUCGCGUUUGGGGAACGCACAACGGCUUCGUGCUGAAGAACGAGUUCAGAGUCCUUGCUGGUCGUGUCGAUGAUCUCCAAUGGUCUUUCGAUGGACUUCGAAUUGUUGCUUCCGGCGAUGGAAAAGGCAAAUCUCUUGUUCGAUCCUUCGCAUGGGACUCUGGCAAUACAAUGGGGGAUUUUGAUGGCCAUUCUCGUAGGGUUUUGAGUUGUGCCUUCAAGCCAACGAGACCUUUCCGAAUUGCCACAUGCGGUGAAGACUUCUUGGUUAACUUUUAUGAUGGACCACCUUUUAAGUUUCACUCUUCUCACAGGGAGCAUUCCAACUUCGUCAACUGCAUCAGAUAUUCACCUGAUGGUACUAAAUUCAUUACCGUAAGCUCUGACAAAAAGGGUAUGAUUUACGAUGGCAAGACUGGAGAUAAAGUUGGAGAAUUGGCCUCAGAAGAUGGUCACAAAGGCAGUAUCUACGCUGUUAGCUGGAGUCCUGACAGCAAACGGGUGCUUACUGUGUCUGCUGAUAAGUCUGCCAAAGUAUGGGAGGUAGCUGAAGAUGGAACUAUUGGCUCUGUAAUUAAGACAUUGUCGUUUAUGGAAUCUGGUGGAGCAGAAGACAUGCUUGUGGGAUGUCUUUGGCAGAAUGAUCAUCUCAUUACCGUGUCUCUUGGCGGUACUAUGUCCUUGUUCUCUGCAGAUGAUAUGGAUAAGCCUCCCUUGCUGUUAUCUGGACAUAUUAAGAACGUCACUUCUUUGGCUGUUCUUGGGGAAAACCAGAAGACGAUUCUGUCUUGUAGCUAUGAUGGUCUCAUUGUCAAAUGGCUAAAAGGGGUUGGGUACAGUUGCAAGUUACAAAUGAAAGACACCAAAAUCAAGCGAUUAGCGGCUACUGAAUCUAGCAUUUUCAUAUCUGGAUAUGAUAAUAUGGUUUGGAGAAUUCCUUUAACCGACAACGGAUAUGGAGCUGCAGAACAUGUCGAUAUAGGCCAUCAGCCUCUGGACAUAAGCAUAGCCGUUGAUUCUCCCGAAGCCACAGCACUAGUCUCGUUUGAUUCCGGAGUUGUAUUGCUCAAUGGUCUGAACAUUUUGAGCAAGAUCGAUUUGGGUUUUGCUGUGGCAGCCUCUGUGAUCUCACCUGACGGGAAAGAAGCGAUUGUAGGAGGGCAAGACGGGAAGUUACACAUAUACUCAGUCUCAGGGGACAACAACCUCAAAGAGGAAGCAGUCCUGGAGAAACACAGAGGUGCUUUGACAGUGAUACGUUACUCUCCUGACUUAACAAUGUUUGCUUCUGGUGAUGCCAACCGCGAAGCUGUAGUCUGGGAUCGCGAGACCAAACAGGUGAAGCUAAACAACAUGUUGUUCCACACGGCUCGUAUAAACAGCUUGGCAUGGUCACCAAACAACAAGAUGGUAGCCACAGGGUCCAUAGACACUUGCGUCAUUGUAUAUGAAGUGGACAAGCCAGCUUCAAGUCGCAUAACCGCAAGAAACGCUCAUCUCGGUGGAGUGAACGCAGUCGCCUUCAUUGAUGAUUGCACCGUAGCAAGUUCCGGAGAAGACGCUUCCGUUCGUUUGUGGCAUAUCGAACCUCAGUGACUUGUCGUUAUAAGCUUUUUUUUUAACCGUCCUUGAAAGUUGUAGUCUCUAUAUAUUAAUUUGACAAUGGCUUGUUUGUAUUAAAGCUUGAGUAUCUCUUAUCAUGAAAUGCACACGUGUCUAAAUCUAUAUGGUCAAAUUUACUCUGUUGUGCUGAUUAGUGCCGAGUCAAAGGUUAAUUAAGUAUUGAGGGAAAAUUUAAACAAAGGUUAAAUAAUUAGAAGAAGAGAUAAU